AUGUUCAGGCAGGUUGCUCGUCCUUCAACUUUAAGGUCAUUAGGUCUACUACGCUCAGGAGCAUCUUCUUGCUUUAUUCACCAAUCGGCGAGAAAAAGCCAAGAAGAAGCAUCACCUACAUCAUCAUCAACAACAACAGCCAAUUCUUCGGACAUUCAAUCAAGCAGGUCUAAAUCUUUGCCAAAAAACGACCCUCAAGAGGCUAGACAAUCAGACUAUGAAUUUCGUACCAAUAACUUUAUACAUAGGUUGCCACAAUCCACAGCUGAACAAUCGCCACUUUUAGUUGCAUUACACAGUAGACUAAAUCUCAGUCCCAAGUUCAAAUUAAACACCUUGUCUCAAUGUCUCAACUUGAUUCCUGCUACAAAGGGUGAUGGUUUGGCCAAUAAUUACGGUUUAAAUGUCAUUGGUAAAGUGUUGAUGAGCUACUACGUUACUGAAUAUUUACUAUUGCAUUAUCCUAGAUUGCCUAUGUCAAUUCACAAUGCUGCAACCGACGCAUUGAUUGGAACCGAAUCUUUGCUGAGUAUAGGUAGAUCAUGGGGUAUUGAGGUUGAUGAAGUGUCCAAGUUGGACAGAUUUUUGGGCCAAGAGUCAGAGUUUUUGAAAUACGGAAGAUUGAGAUAUAUGAGUGACAAUAAAAAGGAAAAUAGGGUGAAGGACUUGCCUGGUGUCACUGAAGUUUUGAGUCUGAAUUCAAAUUUGACACAAGAAGAUAAGGCUUACACCUCGGCCGUUACUGCCAUUGUUGGUGGUAUCUAUACGCAUUGUGGAGAAGUCGCAGCAAAGGAGUUUAUCCUGGACCACAUUCUCUCAAGAAAAGUCCCGCUUUCCGAAAUGUUCCAAUUUGAGCAACCAAUCACUGAAUUGAUUAGAUUGUGUGAUAAAUUACAAUUCCAAGAGCCCUUGUCAAUUAGAUUGAUUGCUGAGACCGGUAGAAAAUCGGCUAGCCCUCAAUUCUUGGCUGGUGUGUUUGUUGGUAAUGAGAAAUUGGGUGAAGGUAUUGGAGCAAGCUUGAAAGAAGCACAAACUAGGGCCGCUGUUAAUAGCUUAAUGAGCUAUUACUUGUACUCGCCAAUUAGCGCUGAGGGUAAUCCAGUGAAAGUACCAAGUGAUGAGAAGUAUAAGUUUGAAGGUAUUGUUGACAUUGGCGAUGUUGCCAUCUAG